AUGCAUUCUAAAUCAAGAACCUAUGGAGGUGGAAGCGAUUUCUUAUCAAAGACAUAGUAUGGAGUCCCAUUCACUACGAAUUAUUAAAUAAACGGUACUGGAAGAGAUUCUUAUAUAGCUGUAAAUAAUGGUGGAUUCUAUGCAAGCUAUGAGCCAGCAAAGGCUGCUGAUUUGGGAUCAUUCUUGUCCAAUAAAGCUAAAUAUGCUCAUAACUACAACAAGCAAGCACCUCAGAAAUAUGUAUUUUACACAACAAAUGGAAGCGGUAGAGACAGUUAUAUAGUUAAUAAUAAUGGUGGGUUCUAUCCAUCACAAACAGUAGCAGCCUAUAGAAAGUAAUUCUUCGAUUAGUUUAGAUACUAUGAAAAGCCUGUGACAAAUGCCUAUCUAGCAAGAAGAAACCAAAGCACUUACAAAGUAACAAGUGAAGGAAAACUCGUUACCAAUAAAGAUGUAUUUAUGGAAUCAUAAGGUUUUGUAAACCACAAAUAUCACAUGAAUAUGACGAAGCAAUAUAAGGAGUAAAAUAGAUUGAAUAAGAGACUAUCGCAGCCAAAAUAUCUCAGUUCAAGCAAUUCAAUAGUUGGCAGCCAAGCUCCAUUAAGUAUAAGCCCAGAAAAAGUAUCAAAGUAAAAUAUAGAAACUAAUAGCAGAAGUAGAAGUCCAGAGAAUUAAAAAAAGUUAAGCAGGUUCUUAAGUUCAAGAAAUAGUCAACUUAAGUUGACUACUCUCUUUGAUAAAUAAGAAGACAGAAAGUAUCCUCUAAUUGAGGCUUUGAGAAAGUAAAGUCAAACAAUUGACAUUCAGAGAUAAUGA